AAGGGCUGCUUCUCUGGGAUGGAAGCUGCAAGUGAUAGUGGCACGUCAAAGGCUUCUUCUCUAAGAUGGAAAAUCCUCCGCCGAGCCAUUCUUCCUCGCGUUUCUUCACAAAAUCCUGGUACUAUCUUACUGAUUUCUCGUCUUGGUUGCGAAAUUUGCUUUGAUUAUUCAUCUCGAUCCAUGGUUGAAUCUGAAUUGUCUCGCAGAUGACGAGUCUCAAAUGGGCAUUAGAAGCGUUUCGAGGAAGGCGACGAAAGGAUUCAACUUGAUACCGUUUCAGCUGCUGCACGAAGAUUCCCAGUCUAGAGAUGCCCGUCUGUGCUAUACUUUACCCAUUCCUGGAUCUCCCAAGCUUGUCUUAACCCAAAGAGUGGAUAAUUGUGCUGACCUCAAAGAUUUUGAGAUCUGUAAUGAGUAUAACAUUGACAAUACCGGCCUUGUAUGUCAAUGGCCAUCAGAAGAUGUUCUUGCUUAUUUUUGCUUGUCACAUGCUGACAUAUUCAGGUCUAGAAGAGUCAUUGAGCUUGGGUCUGGUUAUGGUUUAGCUGGAUUGGUCAUUGCAGCAACCAGAGAGGCAUUAGAAGUUGUGAUCACAGAUGGAAAUCCUCAAGUAGUUGAUUACAUUCAGCAUAAUGUAGAUGCUAACUCUGAAGUGUUUGGUGACACAAAAGUGAAGUCUAUGACAUUGCACUGGAAUCAGGACGAAAUUUCCAAUCUUUCUAAUACUUUUGAUGUCGUUAUUGCAAGUGAUUGCACCUUCUUUAAGGAAUUCCACAAAGACCUUGCUCGAACUGUCCAGUGCUUGUUGAAGAAUGUGGGGUCUUCCGAAGCUAUAUUUUUCAGUCCAAAAAGAGGUGACUCACUGGACAAGUUUCUGGAGGAAAUCAAAGAAACUGGCUUGCAUUUCAGCGUAACAGAGUACUAUGACGCUGAAAUUUGGAAGCGCCAUCAAGGGUUCAUGAAAGGUGAUCACGACUGGCCUGGCUAUGUAAAAGAUCACUGCUAUCCUGUAUUAGUCAGAGUUACUCGAUGAACUCACAUCAAAGGAAAAAUGAAAAAGGAAUUACAUGAUGAACCUCUCUAUAUUCCUUCAACCACCAACACACAUAUUGCGCGCAGCACUUAUAUAAACGUCUGGUUGAAGGUCCUUUCUUGCUCGUUUGACCCAUGUAGUAGGCUGAAAUGAUGGUUGUGCACUAUAUUUUUUAUUAUUAUUAGUAUUAUUUUUGUGGCAUAUAGAUAUUCUCUUGUACAUUCACUUCCCACACUCCUUUGUUUUUGCUUUUGCCGUUCAUAAAAUUUUGUAGGUCAUGCUAAUUUAUGGCUUGCAAAUAGGUAUUGAAAGUGCAGGAUUAUCAUCCCCAUAUCAAUCCAUUUUACUUUGACCUUACUUUUUGAUCUUGAAAUGGGGUGCGCGCACUGACACCUAUUGACAGAAGAUUCCUUAUCUCCAUUUGAGCAUCAAGGUUAUGUUGUGAGAACCUUUUUCAAGCAAAGACUAAACAAAGACCCUCCAACUUAUAAAGGACGAAGCAGAAAAUCGUCAACAAAGCCACUCGAUGCUC